AUUCUGGGAGAGUUUCAGGGAAUUAAUAAUUCUAGGGGUAUUCAAUUAGGAAUUUAAAAGACUUCAUAAAAGUUUAGGUGUAUUCAAUUGAGAAUUCUAAACACUUUUUAAAAGUCUCUAGAAAUAUAGGUGUAUUCAAUUGAGAUUUCUAGAGACUUUUUAAAAAUUCCUAUAAAUCUAGGUGUAUUCAAUUGUGAUUUUUUCAAAGUCUCUAAAAAUUUAGGUGUAUUGGAAAACGAAUUGAAUUUGAAGGAAUUUGUGAAUUGGUGGAUUUUGGAGGAUUUCAAGGUGAAACCUAUAAAUACCAAAGAGCCUGUGAAAUCUCACCUCACCCCUAGAAAUUUUGAGCGACUUUGUGGGUUGCUCAUUCUCUCUAGAGACGGCGCCUGCUCCAAAAACAAGCUUGAAGGUAAACUGUUCACCUUGUACAUGUUUUCUUCAGAUUUUUCUUGUUUGGAUACUGUGUAAUCUCGUUCUAGGGUUAGGGUUUUCUAGUCUAGGAUUUAUCAGGAUUUGAAUAUGGGUUUGGGUUUAUGAUUUCGUGCUUUGUUGAAUAUGCAUGUGGGUUUACGACUUGCUGUUGGAUGUCGAAAAUCUAUCCAAAAAAAAAAUCUGUGGGUUGUUGAAUUAAUUUUUUCACCUUGUACUUGCUUUUGAUUGUAAAAAAUAUCAACUGGAAUCCACAAAGAUGGUUUUGGGAUCCAUUGACUGUGGGGUUCAUUAUGUGUUUGGUUAUCAUGUUUUUAGCAUCCGUUGAUUUUUUGUCAAAUAAGGGUGAGAUAGCUUUCGGUCAAAAUGUCAAUGUAACUAGGGUGAUACUUGACUGGUCUGUUGUUCAAUUUCUUUUGUUCAAUUUGUCUUAUUUGCAAUCCUAUGCAUGUAGUUCAGUUUUUAUUAUGUGCAUUGAUUCAUUGUAUAAUUAUGAUGUAUCAUCUAAAAGAUCAUAAAUGGGAGAUUCACAACAAGAAAAGGGAAAAGGAAACUAUAAUCAAUGGUCCGUGGAAGAGAGCAGCAUGUUGUUGCAACUACUUGUUGAGGCCGUAAAAAAUGGAUGGCGUGAUGCUAAUGGCAUAAUAAGCAAGCAGACUAUAGAAGCCAAAAUUGUUCUUGUGCUCAAUGAAAAACUUGGGUGUCAAAAAACUCAAGAUCAUGUUAAGAACCGUGUGAAAACAUUGAGGGGUCGAUAUCAAUCAAUAUGUCAACUUUUUAGGCAUAGUUCGGGAUUUGGUUGGGACCCCAUCACAAAGAAGUUCACGGCUAGUGAUGAAGUAUGGGAAGGCUUCCUUAGGUCCCACCCAAAGAGUCAAGGUAUUCGCAAAGAGACAUUUACGGACUAUGAAGAUUUGAUGACUGUAUUUGGCGAUGGAACAGCUAAAGGAAAUAACUCAAUUGGAUUGGGUGAUGAUACUGAUGCCACAACAUAUACAGUCGAAGAAAGUAGGCCAAUUAGAGUAAACGAAUUUCCUUCACCUGAUGAGAGCUUUGAGCAACUUGAUCCAUUAUUUCAAAAUCCAUCAUAUGCAUCAUCUUUCCUAAAUGCAAAUUUGGAGGGUUCCGCUCCAACACCCGUACAAAAGCUACUUCCAAGGAAAAGAUCUCGACCUGAGUCUGAGCUAAAAUCAAAUGGGACCACCCCUCACAUCGUUCUUAUAGAAAAAGUUUCCCUUGGAAUGGAUUCGAUUGCUGCAAUUGCUACUGAAAUUCAAGGAAUUCAUAGCAUAAUGGAGAAAAGAGAAAAAGCUAGAGAUAAAAUGGAAAAGGAGAAAAAAGAAGAAGAGAAAAACAACAAUCUUUGGGAUGCUAUCAAAGAGACUCCAAACUUGGAUCCUCCCGUUCGUUACAAAGCAAUUGCAUUGGUUCAACAGUUGGGAAUGAAAAAGAGUUCUUGAAAAUGACACCAGAAGAACGCUCAGAGUGGAUAAAAUACAAUAUGAAUUGAAUGUGGUUAUUUCGGAUUUGUUACAUCUUGGAAUAUUUACUUUGUUUGAUAAUAUGUUGACUUUAGUUCCGUUAUUUAAAAUUUGAUAUUGGAGCA